AUGAGAGGAAAAUAUAUUUCUUUACUAGUUCUCAUCAUUGUCAUAGUCGCCAAAUAUCUUUCUUCAACACCUGAACUAAGAAUAAGUGAUUUUCCAGAAGAUUUCAUUUUUGGGUCUUCAACAUCUGCUUACCAGAUUGAAGGAGCUGCUCAUGAAGAUGGUAAAGGUCCAAGUAUCUGGGAUACCUUCACUGAAAAAUAUCCAGAAAGAAUAAAGGAUCGUAGCAAUGGGUCUGUAGCAACUGACUCUUACCAUCGUUACAAGGAAGAUGUGGCUUUAAUGCAUCAAAUUGGUCUCAAUGCUUACAGAUUCUCCAUCUCAUGGUCGAGAAUACUGCCUCAUGGAAAUGUUAAAGGAGGAAUCAACCAAGCUGGUAUUGACUAUUACAACAACUUAAUCAAUGAGCUUUUGUCCAAAGGAAUUACGCCUUUUGCCACCAUUUAUCAUUGGGACACACCACAAGGCAUUGAAGAUGAUUACGGUGGACUCCUUGGCGCAGAAAUUGUAAACGAUUUUCGCGAUUAUGCGGAUAUUUGCUUUAAGAAUUUUGGAGAUAGAGUGAAGCAUUGGGUGACAAUGAACGAGCCAUUGUCAGUUGUGCAAGGAGGGUAUGGUUCAGGUAAAACAGCUCCAGGAAGAUGCUCUAAAUUCACAAACCCUAAUUGCAUCGCCGGAGAUGGAGCCACCGAGCCUUAUAUUGUCGGUCAUAACCUCAUCCUUUGUCAUGGAGCUGCCGUAGAAGUCUACAGAGAAAAAUACAAUGCAUCUCAAAAAGGUCAAGUUGGUAUUGCUUUGAACACGGCUUGGAAAUUGCCAUAUACCGAAGAAUCAGCCGAAGAUAAGUUAGCUGUGGCACGAGUCCUUGCUUUCUCAUUUGACUACUUUAUGGAGCCACUUGUGACCGGUCAAUACCCACUCGACAUGGUUAACAAAGUAAAAGGUCGUUUGCCUACAUUCACUGAACAACAAUCUAAGAUGCUUAGGGGCUCAUAUGAUUUCAUUGGCAUUAAUUAUUACUCCUCCGCUUACGUAAUGGAUAUCCCCUGCUCCACCGAACAUGUUACAUUGUUCUCUGAUCCUUGUGCCAACACCACAGUUGUAAGAAAUGGAGUUCCCAUCGGUCCAAAGGCUGCAUCAGAUUGGCUUUCGAUAUAUCCAAAGGGAAUUCGUGAUCUUAUCCUUUAUACAAAAUAUAAAUUCAAAGACCCGGUCAUCUACAUAACCGAAAACGGGAGAGAUGAACUCCGUGAAGAUGUUUCUCCGGACGGAAAUAGAAUCGAUUAUUACACUCAACAUCUUGAGAUGGUUAAGGACGCGAUCUCGGUUGGAGCUAAGGUGAAGGGAUUUUUCGUAUGGUCGUUGUUGGACAACUUUGAAUGGAGCACGGGAUACACCGUCCGAUUUGGGCUGGUUUACGUGGAUUUCGACGAUGGAUGUAAGAGACGCCUGAAAAAAUCGGCAAAGUGGUUCAAGAAUUUCUUGAAAUCAAAAUAAGCAAUUGAUGGAAACUGUACCUUUCGUUUGGAAAUCAUAAGGAACAUCCUAGUUUUAAUAUUUUAUAAUAAGGAUUCUUAAGAAUCUCUGAUAUUCAUCUUUUGUCUUCCUCUUUUGAGUCUGUUGCUUUUCGUUUUUACCAUCGUGAAUCCUUAAGUUUUGAGGAUGGGCUUGCAAAAUAGGCUCUUAGGGGCCUUGUAAUGAACUUGGGCUAACAACCCACUAAGGUAAUGAA